AUGGGUGAGGAAGGGAUGAAUUGGUAUUGGGCCCAACCAAAUUCUGGCCUAAAGUCCGAACUUGGCCCAAAGGUGUAUGGUCUGAAACCAUUUGAGCUAGCAGCUGAGGCGGUGGAGAGCAUCUCUCUUCGGCGCCGACGGGAAGAUUGUCGUAGUGAGGACUGCCGGCGGGAGAGAUUGUCGCAAGGAGGACUGCCGGCGGGGAGUUUGACAAAUGAUUUGGCCGUCGUCGGCGCCAGCGGGGAGAUUGUCGCAGUGAGGAGUGUCGGCGGGGAGUUUGACAAACGAUUUGGCCGUCGUUGGUGCCGACGGGGAAAUUGUCGCAGUGAGGAGUGCCAGCGUGUGUCUCCCGAUGGAUGCGGCGACGUUGGGAAAACCCGACCCGCAGAAGACACCAAAGAGUUGGAGACAAGCGAAUGGACUGUACCACCGCUCAUUAGAGACAGCUUUUCUAUGAUAGGAUCAGCAGUCGGUGGUACGGCUGGUGCCUUCUACGGCUUCAAUCACGCAAUGCCGGUUGUUAGGAGGUGGAUUAUAGGACCAAUGUGGUUGCAUUUCCUCGUUGGUGCCCCAUCAGUGAUUAUUUUUUCAUCAGGGUGUGCUGGAUUAACUGGUGGCUCGAUUCCAGCCCUGGCUCAACUUGCCUUGUUAUCUUAUCAUGCUGUUAUGACAUCAUCAAAGUCGUCAUCACCAUCUGUACCUUCAUCCUCAUAG